GGAGAGAGGCCAGAACUGAAGGUAUGUGUUCCUACUUAGACAAUAUGCUGCAUUCUGGACACGUCCAAGAGAUUUAAUUACCUCUGAAUUUAGCCUAGAACAGUGGUCAAAAGGUCAGCCAAGAUUAUAGCAGGACCUCGUUGAUGGCUGCAAAACAUGUUUGGUUUCUCCACAACUCGUUAACAACAAUUAUCAAAUAAGUUGGGCUAUAUCCAUAUACGUAGGCCUAUCAUUUCGAUUCCAUGUGGACUAAAAACAUACCAAUCUCAUAGCUACUUGUGCAUACAUUUUUUUUUAUUAGCCCUAAAAAAAAAACAAAAAAACAUUCAAAUUAAAUAAUAAAAAUCAUUUUUAUGACAAUUUGAUGAACGUAUGAAAACGUAUGACCUGCACUGCACAUCCUGACCCAGAUAGGCUAACAGCCUCAGUGUUUCAGUGCUGCGUGUUGCCUCCUCCAUGAAGGUCUGCGCUCUGCCUGCGCUUCAUUUGCGUCCAAGCGGCGGAUGGGAGCGCAGGGAGCACGGAUGUGGCCUCACGGUUGUGUUAUUGAUGUUUUCAGACAUCCGCCGCUGCUGCUGAUGUAGCCCGACCGUAGCCCAUUUUUGGAUGCGCAAGCGACGGGGAGCCCCUCAAGUUCCAAUUAGCUUUUUGUUUCUGUGUGUGGAGCGAUCAUUUUUACAUGCGUGAUACCAGGGGGUGGUUGGAUGUAAACACGCUGGCCUGUCUGUGCUCAUGAUCGGAGGCGAGGUGAGGCUGAUUUCACGGAUUCAGAUCGCCAGCUGAUUUCACUCUGGAGCGGAGCAGCGGUUUGCUCCAAUGGCGUCAGUUUCUAAAGUGUCUAUCCUGGAUUACUUCAAUAUUGUGUUUGAGGGGGAAAAUGGUAAGAUUGAGUCCAACUGUAAGGCUUGUGGCACCAGAAUCCAGGCGAAGCGGAGCGUUACGUCUAACUUCGUAACACAUCUCAAGCGGAAACACCCAGCUAUGUAUGAUGACUUCGUGAAAAGGAAGGAUAUGAAGAGGGAGGGUUAUUCCUCUGCUUGCCUGCACAGUUUCACCACCAAUGGAGGAAACCCCCGCUUCACACUUCCUGUAACAACUGGAGCAGGAGGAGGAGGAACCUUAGGAGGUGUUGGAGGAGUUGGCACCCUUGAGGGAGGACGAGGCCCAGGAACAGGGGAGACUAAGUUUGACAGACAUGACCCCCGUCAGGUUCUGAUCUCUGAGGCGAUAGCUAAGAUGAUCGUGCAUGAUCUGCAGCCAGUGUCCAUAGUGGAAAAUCAAGGCUUCAGAGAUUUACUGCAGCUCCUGGAGCCCCGUUACACUCCCGAGCCCCAGCACUACAUCCAGGGACAGCUUCUUCCUGCCUACGCUUACCAGGCUCAGCUGGCCACACGUCAGGCCGUAGCAUCAGCACACGCCCUCAGCCUCAGCUUGGACCUAUGGAGGAGCCAAACUCAAACUGCUUCAGGUUACCUCGGUGUCACCUGCCAUUAUCUUGCAUCUGACUGGCAGAUACGUUCAGCUCUCCUGGCCUGCCUCCCACUGACUUGCAGCAGCUCUGUGAGCCGUGUGCUUGCAGAUUUUGAUGAAGUGUGUCAUUCGCACAGUGUGUCAGGGAGAGCAUUUUGUGUCGUUGCAGACACCUUCCCAGCAGCAACAACAGUGAGGCCAUGUUGUCUUCCUGGUUUCCUGGUUCCCCCUCUUCCUACAAAUGGGCAAGAGGAUGAUCCUUCAGAUCAAGGGCUGGACAACGGUAACAAUGCAGAGCAAUGGAUCAGUAAUGGCCAUGGGUGUAAUGGAGAGGAUGAAGACUGGGGCGAGUCAUGGGAGCAGGGUUUGGGUGUUUGUCGGGUAGACUGUUUCUCUCGAUCUCUGGAACAAUGUGUCAGAAAGGGGCUGUGCUCCUCCCCACAGAUCUCCUCUACUCUGACCAAGGUUGCACGUUUCUAUAACUACAUUACCUCUGCUGUACCUCCUGAGAAACUCAUCCAGGUGUUUGAUAGGGGGUUGCCUGGGGGGACCCGAAACAUUCACGAUAGUGCUACGGAUUGGGCUGCUCAACUUAAGGUCCUUCGGCGACUGCUGGACUCAGUGGAGUUCCUGGAGGAGAUGAGCGGUCCAGGGGAGGUAGCUUUGAGUAGCUCCGAAAGAGCCCUGCUGAGGGAGCUUACUGACAUUUUAGAGCCUUUUACUGAGGCCUGGGACAUGGUGCAUGGGGAACUACAGAGAAACAUGCAGCCAGGCAGACAUGUGUCUAUCAGUUUGGCUCUGCCUUGUGUUCUUGGGCUGCGUAAGCACCUCUCUGAGACAUCCACCCCCCACUGCCCUGCCCUACUGCUCAGCCUGAGUCAGUCACUGGAGCACCUGCUGGCUCCAAUCCUGGAAAACCCCCUCUACAUUACCGCAACCACUCUGGACCCCCAGUUUAAACUUACAUGGAGCAGCAACCCUGACUGGCACAAGCAAGUCCUCAUAGAGGAGCUAUCCAAACAUUCCACAGCCUCCCAACCCGCCGAUCUCAACACAGACUUUCACCCUCAGUCCCAAACUCUUCCUACUCCAGCCCCGUCUCCGGUCUCUUCACUUUCUCGGCCCUGCAAAUUGUUCUCUUUUAUCAAGCAGAGACCUGCAACACAGGCUAAAAGCCUGGAACAGGAGUUAUCUGUCUAUCUUCGUGAGGAGCCCACAGAUGAAGAGGCUUUACAUUACUGGCGCCGUAAAGCCAUUGACUUUCCUCUGCUAGCUGAAGUUGCCAAAAGAGCAUUUACCAUACCUGCUUGUGACACUGUGGUGGAGAAUAUUUUCUCCACAGCUAGGCACCUCCUGUUGCCAGAGAGAGGUCACAUCCUGCCAAAGAACUUGGAGACACUCAUCUACCUCAAAGCCAACUACAAAUUAUUGUGGACUUAAAGCUAUGAGUGAGACAUCUUUUAUCUAAACAGCAACCAGGGGCUUUCCAGUUUAAGUAAGGUGACCUGGAUUGAAAACCUCUGUUGCCGUUAAGAAACUUGAACUAACAGCAUAACAUAUUACAGACCUGUUAUUAUGAGGCUGAAUGAAAUGAACUACAGUUUCCUUUCUUGACUUUUGUUUUAGAUGUGGAUAUUCUGCAUAUGGGUUUUCACACUGUCAGCUGUUUACAAAGCGGCUUGAAACAUCACGACAUUAUUUUGCUCUUUUCAAACUACAGUCUCCAGAUUACCAAUAAGCUCCAAAUCUUUCUUUUCAACCUUUGCUUAGGAAAGCAUCUGUUGUAUCUUUACUUCAUGGGAAAAAGAAAGUUUAUUCACUGUCAAUACAGUCAUGAUAAAAAUAAGUGCACACUGUGAUCCAAUAGCUUGUAGAACCAACUUUAACAGUUAUACAUUGCAGUAGUCGUUUUCUAUAAAAUUGUAUUUGUUUCUGAUAUAAUUGUGGAGGAAUUAUGACCGACUCUGCUUUACAACAUUGCUGUAGUUCAUUGAGAUUUGUGAACUUUUUGUUUUGUUUUAAUAAGGUCCCAAAUAUCUUAAAUGUAUUCGACAUGUGAAUUAUCUUGAUGAUUGAUGGACUUUAAUGUAUUUGUAAAUAGUCGGACAACCCUUCUCAGAAUGAUAAGCAGCAACAAUUGCUUCUUUAAAAUUUUUGCUUACUCCCAAAGCUGCUUUUAUGUGUGUAAUCAAAAUAGCUUAAAAUCAAAUAUAUAUAUAUAUAUAUAUUGUUGUGAUUACCAGUAAAUGACUGCUGCUUUACUUCUUGAAUCCUUGAAAGAAAAGGAGAAAGAAUGUACUUAAUUUGUUCCCUAUUAUUAUAUUGACAAUAGUAAAAAGUUUCUUUUUCCCAUGAAUUUAUGCACAAUUACUUUACGCGAUGCCAGUAAUUCACACAUUGUCACCUGAGAAGGAUGACAUCUAUGGCAAACCAAUACAUUCAUUCCCUAAUUCUUUCCCUCAGUGACUGUCGCCGGGACAUCAGAAUAAAUAAAUUUCAGUUUUUAACACUGA